AUGAAGAAGGAAUCAGGGCCGAUGACCAAACGGAUUCGCAUCGAAAGCGUUCGCACCCUUGGCGACGAAAACGUGCACAGCCUAGGCGAAGAAAACGAUCUCCUGAUUGCAAAGAUAUGCGACCUCCAGACCGAAGUAUUGGCCCAGCGCGCAGAAAUCCGGCAAUUGACAAAGGCGGUAGCUACGCUUACGGACAUCGUAAAGAAGACGAUCAGGACGAUGAAACCGGAAUUAGCGGUCAAUGCAGAUGACGAUUUCCCCAUUAAAACGGAGGAGGAGCUAGUCGAAGUGGACGAGAAGAUAAGCCAGGACUCCACGAUCUAUGUCACGUCCAUUAAGAAAUUGUUGAGCCGGGGCAGGGCAAGCCGAACCAUAAGACUAAUUUUCGGCGAUGAAAUCAUUUUAGCCUAUAAUAUUGACGGAGCGAAGAACAAGAAAAGACUGAAGGACCAUACAUAUCUGUUUCGCGCUCUGAUGGAUGCCAUCGGUCAAAUUGAGACCAAGGAGCCUUCCGAAAGGGUAUUGUCCAAAGCAAUGAGAUGCGUUAAGAACUACGCUUGCAAAAACAAGAGCAGGGUCGGUGAGGAGGAUCCUCUGUCCUUUUUGGACGUGGAAUUGGACAAAUAAUU